CUCUCAGCCUGCGGUGGGUCUCCACGUCUACGGUGAGCCUGUUUCAGCACCCGGACGAGAGCCAGCAUGUCUGUGGCUGGGCUGAAGAAGCAGUUCUACAAAGCCAGCCAGCUGGUCAGCGAGAAGGUUGGUGGCGCCGAGGGUACCAAGCUAGACGAUGACUUCAAAGAAAUGGAAAAGAAAGUGGACCUCACCAGCAAGGCCGUCACAGAAGUCUUGGCCAGAACGACAGAGUACCUCCAGCCCAAUCCUGCAUCCCGGGCCAAGCUGACGAUGCUGAACACGGUGUCCAAGAUCCGGGGGCAAGUGAAGAACCCAGGCUAUCCGCAGUCGGAAGGCCUCCUCGGCGAGACCAUGAUCCGCUACGGCAAGGAGCUGGGGGAUGAGUCGAACUUUGGUGAUGCACUGCUCGAUGCCGGCGAGUCCAUGAAGCGCCUGGCCGAAGUGAAAGACUCCCUGGACAUUGAAGUGAAACAGAACUUCAUCGACCCCCUUCAGAACUUGUGCGAUAAGGACUUGAAAGAGAUCCAGCACCACCUGAAAAAACUAGAGGGCCGACGCUUAGACUUCGACUACAAGAAAAAGCGCCAGGGGAAAAUUCCUGAUGAGGAGCUGCGGCAAGCCCUGGAGAAGUUCGAAGAGUCCAAGGAGGUCGCGGAAACGAGCAUGCAUAACCUCCUGGAGACUGAUAUCGAACAAGUGAGCCAGCUUUCGGCGCUGGUGGAAGCCCAGCUGGUCUACCACAAGCAAGCGGUGCAGAUCCUGGACGAGCUCGCUGAUAAACUUAAGCGCAGAAUGAUGGAAGGGUCCUCGCGCCCCAAGCGGGAGUAUAAACCGAAGCCCCGAGAGUCGUACGAGUUUGGAGAGUCCGACCAGUCCAACGGAGGCUUUUCCUGCAACCCUGCCCCCAAAGUCUCAACUUCCUCCUCUUUCCGAUCCGAAAAACCAUCCCGGACCCCCAGCCGGAAUUUUUCUCAACUCGACCAGCCCUGCUGCAAGGCGCUGUACGAUUUUGAGCCUGAGAACGACGGGGAGCUGGGCUUCAAAGAGGGCGACAUCAUCACGUUGACCAAUCAGAUCGACGAGAACUGGUACGAGGGCAUGAUCAACGGCCAGUCGGGCUUCUUCCCGCUCAACUACGUGGAAGUGCUGGUCCCGCUACCUCAGUGA